AUGGUAGCAAGCCCUACUGCGUCCGAUGGUAUCACUGCAGAGCAAUGCAAGAAGGAUGAAGAAUAUGACCAAGACAUAGCACACUUAAAGACACAGAUGGAUUUACUGACUAAGAAUUUAUUGUAUGGAAAAACAGAGAAUGUGAAAGAUGUUGCAUCGCAAGGUAGAGAUGACUCUGCUUCGGAAGAAGAGGUGGAGGAACUUAUAUCUGUGCUUCAGGGGUACAAAAGUGCGAUAGGAUGGACUAUCACCGAUAUUAUUAGCAUCCCUCCAGGUAUUUGCACUCAUAAAAUUCAAUUGGAAGAGUACUGCACACCAAUAAUUGAGCAUCAACGCCGUCUUAACCCGCCUACGCAAGAGGUCGUUAAGAAGGAAAUCAUCAAAUGGCUUGAUGCAGGAGUUGUAUACCCCAUUUUGGAUAGCAAGUGGGUGAGUCCCAUACAAUAUGUACCCAAGGAAGGAGGCAUGACAGUUGUAGUGAAUGAGAAGAAUGAGUUGACACCACUCAAACCUAUCACUGGGUGGAGAGUUUGCAUGGAUUAUAGAAAAUUCAACUUAUGGACAUUGAAGAACCACUUCCCAAUGCCUUUCAUGGACCAGAUGGUUGAUCGGUUAGAAGGAAGAGAUAUGGUUGAAUACACCUUUGAGGUAUUUAUGGAUGAUUUUUGUAUGGUAGAAGAUCAUUUGAGCUGUGUUUAG